AUGUCCUUCUCGCUCAAGGGCAGAACGGCCUUUAUCACGGGCGCGAGUAGAGGUAUUGGCCUCGAAAUUGCGAAGGCAUUAGCCAAAAGGGGCGCCAAUGUCGCCGUAGCCGCGAAAAGCGCCGAGCCUCAUCCCAAGCUCCCCGGCACGAUCCACACAGCGGUCGAGGAGGUCAAUCAGAUUGGUGAAGAGACGGGUUCAGGCGCCAAGGGGCUGGCGAUACAGCUCGAUGUCCGAGAUGCAAAGGCUGUUGAGGACGCCAUCGAGCAGACGGUGGGCAAGUUCGGGCAUCUGGAUUAUGCGGUGAACAAUGCCUCAGCCAUUAACAUGAAAUCUACAGUCGAGGCCUCUCCCAAGGCUCUGGACUUGAUGCUGUCCAUCAAUGCCCGCGGCACAUGGCUCGUCUCGCGCUACGCCCUCCCCCACCUCCUCAAUUCUAACGGCGCGAACCGCAAUCCUCACAUCCUCACCCUGGGUCCGCCCCUUACUCACGAUACAUUCACCACCAACUCCAGUACCGGCUGCUGGCCCGAACAGUUCGCCGCAACGAAAUCAGCCUACACCCUCGCCAAGGGUGGUAUGGCUCUCGUAUCUCUCGGCCUCUCUGCCGAGCUCCAAGGAAAAGUUGGGGUCAACUCGCUCUGGCCUUACACCCUCAUUGGCACAAGCGCCAUGAAGGUAGUAAGCCCAAACGCGGACGUAGAGGAGAAGAGGUGGCGCUCUCCGGAGAUUGUGGGCGAGGCUGCAGCGAGGAUGAUGGAGGAGGACGGGAGGACAUUCAAUGGCCAGUGGAUCGUUGACGAGCUUUGGUUGAGACGGAAGCAUGGGUUUACUGAUGAGCAGAUCAGGCAGUAUUCGUUGGGUGGGCCGGAUGUCAAGAUGGAGGACCUUGCGCUGGAUCUCUGGAUCAGCAAAAGUUUGCAGGAGGAUGUGGCCAAGGCCAGAAGGGGCGACUAGCACGCGAGACGCGGCGGUGGGUACGGCGUAGGGCAGACAACGUAGGGCUCGUGCUGCUCAGCCGGUCAUUCCCUUUCGCUCUUCUUCACGCAGUGCUUGCUCGAGAUGUAUCAUUCAGAUUCGUUCGAAACUCUAUAUUGUAGCUCUGUGUGACAAGAUGAGAAAGAGUCGGAGCGCGGACAGGGGGAGGGAAUACACAUCGCCGUCGUUAUAGUCGUAAGAGCUGCUUGCUUCUGCUUUCGUCGAGCCUUGGAGGACACCACUCCUCCGAAGGGUACCACGAGUGCAAUCGCGAGCGAGCCGGUUGUUGAC